UUUGUGUAAAGGGAAUUAAUUCUUCCUUUUUGUAAUUGGCGCACAUGUGGCGAUGUCGGAGGCCGGGGAAAAACUGAGUAAAAGGGCAAGAAAAUAAAAGACCCUAGAGAUUUAUAAGUCAUAUAGGCAUGUUCAGAAAUGAAUAGUCUUAAAAAGAUUUCAUUUUGUGUCCUCCGGACCUUGAGGGCCUCAGAGAGGGGGUACACACUCCGCCCCACAGACUGGAGAACUCUGUUACCCAGCGGUUCUGUCAUGUCUACAAACUAUUUUCAUACUUCUAUAGGCUUGCAUCUCUCAAGUGAGCAAAAGAGGCGGCUGAAGGCUGAGAAGAAAGCCAAGGAGAAGGCAGAAAAGAUUGCCAGCCAGCCCCCACCCCCAACCAAAACUGAUGCUGGCACUGCCAAGACCAAACCUGAGGAGGAGGAGGAAAUAGGGGACCUGGAAUACUAUGCACUGAGAUCUAAGGCUGUAGCAGACCUAAAAGCCAAGGGAAAUAACCCAUACCCACACAAAUACCAGGUGGACAUAUCCCUCACAGAGUUCAUAGACAAAUACAAUGGAUGUGCAGCCGGAGACAUAAUGGAGGGCGAGAGCGUCAGUGUAGCGGGCAGAAUCCAUGCCAAAAGAGAAUCUGGUCCCAAGCUCUUGUUUUAUGACUUACGUGGCGAGGGAGUCAAAAUACAGAUCAUGGCAAAUGCCAAACAUUAUUCAUCAGAAGAGGCAUUUAUAGAGGCGAACGACAAAGUAAAGAGGGGCGACAUAGUGGGAGUACGCGGAAAACCAGGCAAAACAAAGAAAGGGGAACUGAGCAUCAUCCCAACAGAGAUCGUUCUUCUUUCACCCUGCCUGCAUCAGCUUCCUCACCUCUACUACGGGGUCAAGGACAAGGAGACUAGAUUUCGUCAGAGAUAUUUAGACCUAAUCAUUAAUGAACCCGUGAGACAAAAAUUCAUUACAAGGGCCAAAAUUAUCAACUAUAUCAGAAAAUACUUUGACGAGAUGGGGUUUUUGGAGGUGGAGACUCCUCUGAUGAACAUGAUCCCAGGAGGGGCCACAGCUAAACCCUUCAUCACCCACCACAAUGAACUCAACAUGGACCUGUAUAUGAGAGUGGCCCCAGAACUGUAUCUCAAAAUGUUGGUAGUUGGUGGUAUUGAUAGAGUAUAUGAGAUUGGACGGCAAUUCCGGAAUGAGGGGAUAGAUUUGACCCACAACCCAGAGUUCACAACGUGUGAAUUUUACAUGGCCUACGCAGAUUACGAUGACCUGAUGACAAUCACGGAAUCUCUUAUUGCAGGUAUGGUUAAACAUAUCACUGGAGGCUACAAGGUGACGUACCAUCCUGAGGGUGCCGAGGGGCCGGCAUGGGAGGUGGACUACACCCCACCCUUCAAACGCAUCAGCAUGCUGAAGGGCCUGGAGGAGAGGCUAGGGGUCACAUUCCCUGACACCGAGAAGUUUGAAUCUGAAGGCACUCGUAAAUUUUUGGAUGAUUUAUGUGUUAAGCAUCAGGUUGAAUGUCCUGCCCCACGGACAGUGGCUCGACUUCUGGACAAGUUAGUGGGUGAAUUCAUUGAGGCAGAGUGUAUAAAUCCUGCGUACAUCAUUGAUCAUCCGCAAGUCAUGAGUCCUCUGGCCAAAUGGCACAGAUCUAUACCAGGACUGACGGAACGAUUCGAACUCUUUGUCUGUAAGAAGGAAAUCUGUAAUGCUUACACGGAGUUGAACGAUCCAGUCGUUCAGAGGGAACGGUUUGAACAACAAGCAAAGGACAAAGCAGCUGGAGAUGAUGAAGCUAUGUUUGUAGACGAUAACUUCUGUACGUCCCUGGAGUACGGCCUCCCUCCCACAGCAGGAUGGGGCAUGGGAAUCGACAGACUGACCAUGUUCCUCACAGACUCCAACAAUAUCAAGGAGGUUUUGCUGUUUCCUGCCAUGAAGCCAGACAUCACCAAAAAAUCCGGAGAGGACCAGGACAAACCCGCCCCCGGCCCCGCCAGCUGAAGAGCCUGUCCACAAAAACUUUUUAAAGCUAUUUAUUUGUGUCGUGCAUUGAAGAUGAAUGGAGUCCCUUCUGUUACAUGAAAUAAAACUGUUAGGAUUUUAAGGGCAA